GACACACUGUCUUUCUCUCUCUCUGUCCCACCCUCUCUGUGUAACGGGGUUUCCUCAGCCUCAUUGCAGGGUCUAUCCCAAGUGCUGUUUAACUCCUUCCCUGGGGAUGAAUUUCUAAUCCUGGAUCGUUGCUGAUGUUCCCAGUCACUAAGCGGCUGUGAGAGUUACAGUGAGUGUGACUAACAUUUUAUUGUUGUCCCUCUGUUCCCAGCUCCAGUCACCUUGGACCCUAAUACAGCCCAUCCUGCCCUUCUCCUGUCUGAGGACCUGAGCACCAUGAGAUACACCAGGAAUCGGCAGCAGCUUCCCGACAAUCCGGAGAGAUUUGAUUACUGUGUCAGUGUCCUGGGAUCAGAGGGAUUCACAUCAGGGAAACAUUCCUGGGAGGUGGAGGUGGGGAAUAAGACUGCGUGGGAUAUGGGUGUGGCCAAGGAGUCCAUCAACAGGAAGGGGCAAAUCUUCCUGAAUCCAGGUAAUGGGUAUUGGGCACUGGUGCUGAGAGAGGGGAAUAAAUACUGGGCUGGUGAGAAACCAUGGAAAUGGUUAGAGCUGAGUGUGAGUCCGAGGAAGGUCCGAGUCUGUCUGGAUUAUGAGGGAGGGAAGGUGUCCUUUUAUAACUCAGAGAACAAGAGCCAUAUCUACACUUUCACUGGGACAUUCACUGAGAAACUCUAUCCUUACUUCAGUCCAUGUAACACUGAUGGGGGUAAAAACACAGAGCCUCUGAAAAUCUGUCCCCGGAGAGUAACAAUCCAGGAGGAUGAGGGAUUCAUCGCUUCAUCCAAAUAAAGACCUCUCUGUGGGGGGGAGGGGAAGAUCCCACACACUGGGUCACUGGGUAGGGGAAGG